AUGCCUACCUCAGAGUCUCCAUACUUUUCCCUAAUUCUCUCCAUCUUAGUGAGCCUAUGUCUUGAACCUCGAAGUUCCUCAACCUCGUGUUCUACAAGUACCAUGCAACACCUAAGAAGUGCGACUACGGCAUUUAUCUCUUCUGGGGAGUCCUUUGCUCGAGAAUAUACAACCGCACUAGUCUUUGGUAGUACCGGAUUAGCCCUCGCUACGGCACCUAUCGCUGGCCCUGCAAUAUUAGGUGCUGCCGGUUUUGGCGCUACAGGGCCUGUUGCGGCUUCACUUGCUGCAGUAUGGCAAUCUUCAAUCGGAGCAGUUCAAGCUGGGAGUCUGUUUGCCACAUUACAAAGUGCCGCGAUGGGAGGUGCUGCUGCGGGAGGAUUCACAACAGCGUCGAAUAUUGGUAUCGCGAUGGUGGGAUCCGCGGCGAUCGGCACACAGUGGACUUAUAGCAAAGGAGUACCACGGAUGAGGCGUGAUAUCAAAAGUACUGAUGAAGCUGGAUACUGUGAUAGCGAUCAGCCAGAUGAUGAAUUUGACCACAAGGCAAGCAAUCCACAGCCUUGUGAUAAACAUGAUAGUUUGGUAAAGGAAUGGGCAAAAUUGCUUCAAAUAGACCCAUCUUGA